GAAGGUGGCUGAAGCAAGAAAAGCAAAGGUGGAGAAGAGAAGAGAACUGAGUAGAAGAAGAAAAAGGAUUCAGUGGAAUAAAAAGCUUCCUCUGUACUUUGACAUUCAGGCUUCGUCAGACAGCUUCCUGAAAGACAUUCUUCAUCUUUAGUAAUAAUUUUACAGAACUUGUAAAAGGCAAAAUGAUGAGCUGCAGAGUUAUUGUCAUCUCGAUUGCUGUGCUCCUGGCCUUCCUUGUGGUCAGUGAAGCAAGCCUUGGAGUGGAGCUGCACUGCCGCUGCAUCCUGACCGAAAGCAAACCCAUCGGAAAACACAUCGAAAAGGUGGAGCUGAUUCCUCCCAACUCCCACUGCGAUGAGACUGAGAUCAUUGCCACUCUAAAAAGGUCUGGCCUGGAGGUUUGCCUGGACCCAGAAGCUCCCUGGGUGAAGAAAGUGAUUAAUAGGAUCAUGUCCAACAGAAGUUAAACAGACCAGGAAUGUCACGCUUUACGAACUGUUUAAAGACAAAUGAAAAAUACCGAGAAGUAUUUGCUGUCAUCAUCCCUCUUUUUAAUACCAGAAUACUACUGAGUGUCCUGAUCAAACUCUGAAGAUGACAACUGAAUUUAACCACUAAUGUUAUGUUUGUAUCAAACAAAUUAUUUAUUACAAAGUCUCUGCUUGUUUCUAUGUCAUUUGUGUGCUGUAGCCACUUACUCCCAUUUGGCUGCUCCUGUUGCACUGCAUUACUGUUGUAUGUCUUCAAAUUAUGUGCUCAACAUAUUUAUUGAUGUAUUUAUGAAACAAUAAUGUAUUUGGUUUUAGUUGUGUGGGUCUGUGGACAACCUGUAGAUUUAAUAAAGAAGUUUCUAUGAAAUUGAAA